GGAGCGCGCGGGGUGCCGAGGAUGCUGAGUUUGGGAAGUGAGGAUCAUGUCCGUCUCUCUGGCCAAAGACUUGGUGGCGGUCUGCGCCGCCGCCGCCGUGUCUGAGACCGCUGUGGCUCCUAUCGAGCGCGUGAAGCUGCUGCUGCAGGUUCAGCAUGCCAGCAAACACAUCACGGCUGAUAAGCAGUACAAGGGCAUCGUCGACUGCAUCGUCCGCAUUCCCAAAGAGCAGGGCUUCCUCGCUUACUGGAGAGGCAACCUGGCCAACGUCAUCCGAUACAUCCCCACUCAGGCCCUCAACUUCGCCUUUAAGGACAGGUACAAGACGUUCUUCCUGGCUGGAGUGGACCAGCACACCCAGUUCUGGAGAUAUUUUGCGGGUAACCUGGCUGCAGGGGGCGCCGCAGGAGCAACUUCUAUGUGUGUAGUCUACCCGCUGGACUUCGCCCGCACUCGCUUGGCUGCUGAUAUUGGUAAGGUGAAGGUGGAGAGGGAGUUCACUGGGUUGUCGGACUGCUUCGUCAAGAUCUUCAAAGCUGAUGGACUCGGGGGACUCUACAAGGGCUUCGGUGUGUCAGUGCAGGGCAUCAUCAUCUACAGAGCUGCCUACUUCGGCAUCUAUGAUACUGUCAAAAGUAUGAUGCCAGAUCCAGAAAAUAUUCACUUCAUGUUCAGCUGGAUGAUCGCUCAGAGUGUGACCACUGUGGCUGGAAUCAUAUCCUACCCUUUUGACACGGUCCGACGCCGUAUGAUGAUGCAGUCUGGACUGAAAGGAGGGGAUGCAUUCUACACCGGCACAGUGGACUGCUGGAGGAAGAUUGCUCGUGAAGAAGGCAUGCAGGCCUUUUUCAAGGGAACCUUCUCGAACAUUCUGAGGGGCGUUGGAGGCGCCUUGGUGCUGGUUUUGUACGACGAAUUCAAGAAAUUCACCUGAAUGACUGCCGUCAACCUGUGUUUGUGUGGAACCUGCCAGCAGUGUGUGUGGAAAGAUUUAUUGGUAAUUGAUUGAAAUGGGGUUUUAUGAAUCAUUGAUCAUUGUGUUGCCUUUUUUAAAGAAUAUUUAUAUAAAUAGUAUAGAAAAGUCGCAGGACACUUUUUUAAAUCAGAAACGAAAGGGAAAAGUAAUGAAAGCAAAAAUUACAUAUCUGAAUAACCCAGGCUAUGUCUGGAACAUGGCCAGUAUUUCAAAAGCCAUAUUACGCUUUGGAAAUAAGAGUGUCCUGUGAUUUUUGACUUACUCUGCACACUGAGGAGGCAAAACAUUAUGACCAUUGAAUAUGGCAGCUAGUGCCUUUAAAGGUAUUCUGUGGUAUCUGUCACCAAGACAUUAUCAGCAGAUCCUUUUCUAUGUCCUGUAAGUUUUGAGGUGGAGUCUACAUGAUCUGAUUCACCAGUUGUUCUUACUUAGUGUGCUGACCAUUGCAUACUGGGAACUCAGGUGCUAUUGGAACAUGUGAGUGGUUUUAAUGUUAUGGCUGACUGGUGUAUGUGUGUGCGUGUGUGUAUAUAUGUAACAAACCAAUAAAAUUUAUAAAAA